AUACCAAACAUACCACAGUUUAAUAUACAUUGUAUUUUAACACCAACAAGCAGAGUCCAUAAAGAGAUGAAAGCUUUCACACUAUAGUUCAUCUACUCCAGGAUGCGUCUCUUAUAUUUUUUUGUAGGUGCAAAUUCUAUUUUUUGUGUUCUGUUUUUCAACCUUCCACACUUUUUACCAGCAUAUCACACACCUGGUGAGACAAGCCAUCUAGGACAUUUUUAAGAAUUGCUUUUUUGGUGGAUAAACAUGAUUUAAUUUGUAUCAAACUGGUAUUGCUGCCAUUUUUAACUGAUUAAAAAAUAAUAAUUUAGAAAAAUAGCUGUGCUCAAGGCCUCCAAACAACAGUUGAACAGAGAAUAAAUUCUAGUUCAUUGGACACAAAAUCCAAACUCAGGUAAAUAUAUGUAUUAAGUACAUCUUUUUGGUUCCUGUCAUACUCAGAAAGAUAGUUAUAUAUACCACGUGACCUUACACUAAAUGACAGACAUCUCAGCAGAACAGCUGUCCUACAGUGAUCUGGCAGUGACCUCUAUGCUUUCUAUUUAUACUUGCUUCAGGAGUGCAUUAGUAUUUUCUCCCUCUGACGACAUGCUCCUGCCGCUUGCUUCCCGUCUUCUUCGACUUCAUUUCCGUCCUCCUUCCUUAAACAACUCCUAUGGCUAUAUUCUAAUGGUGGAUAUUCUCGAUUCCUUGUUUGCUACAGUUUGUAUGAUCAUUUUCAACCUCGUACAUGCUUUGCAUGCAAUAAUAGACCCUGAUCCUGCUGAUUUGGGAACACGAAGCGCCCUUCUGCAGGAAUACAUGGAGGAGUUCAGGCCCAGGCAGCUGGAAGUCAAACAACUAAAGAAGAAGUUCCUGAAGGCCCUGCAGGAAAACAAUGCUGAGGAGGUGCUGCAGAUUCUGCACUGUGGCAAACUUGACAUUGACACAGUCCUAGAGGUGGACGAUCCCAACAUGGUCUUGGCCUCAUAUAAACAGGGAUAUUGGUUGCCAGGCUACAAGCUGGAGAAAUCCUGGGCAAUGGGUAUUCAUGUAUGUGUGAUGUACAACGCUGUGGAAACAGCAAUGGUGCUCCUCCAAAAUGGUGCGGCCCUCAACCAGAUGCCCAAUGGGAAGACACCCCUGCAUGUGGCCUGCGAGGUCUCCAACAGCGACUGUGUGGCCCUACUCCUGGCUUAUGGAGCAAAGGUCAACAGCCUGUCACUGAGUGGGCACACUCCUCUGCACUACUGCAUCACAAGGGAGUCUGUGGAGUGUGCCAAGCAGCUCAUCCUCAAAGGUGCAACGGUCAACACAGCUGGCCACAACUAUGAGGAGGACACACCUUUGCACACAGCUGCCAGAUUUGGGGUUCCAGAAUUGGUGCCGUUGUUUUUGGCCCAUGGAGCAUCUGUGAAUGCCCUCAACGCUCUCCGGGAGACCCCUUUAAUGACUGCAGCCUUUUGGUCUUUCGACUCCAAGGAGCAGGUCUACAGCCAAGAUCACCAUUUUGUUUGUCGUCUUCUGCUGGACCACAAAGCAGAUCCCAACCUGAAGGAAGAGGACAAUAAAACGGCUCUUCACAAGGCCGCCUGGAACUGUGAUCAUGUCCUGAUGCAGAUGCUGCUGGAGGCCGGAGCAGAUGCACGAGCCAUGGACAUCAACGGUUGUGCUCCCAUUCAGUACGUCCUCAAAGUAACAGGAGUCAGGCCUAUGGCUAUUCUUGAGGUCUGCUAUCAGCUGCUGCUGAACUUUAACGCAGCUCGGAUCUACCCAUCGCAGUUCCACAAGGUAUUGCAGUCCUGUUAUGACUACCCCAGAGUUGUAGAAAUUCUGGUGAACUCUUAUGAACAUGUAAAGCCUACAAGAAAGUGGACAGCAGCUAUUCCCGAUGACUGCUAUGAGGUAGUAUCUACAAAGCGACAUAAAGACUUCUAUGACUCCCUGUUUGCUGUUUGCACCAACACUCCACGCAGCCUGCUUCACCUCACCAGAUGUGCCAUCAGAGCCAGUCUGCGAGGGUUUUGUCACAGAGGAGUCGAUCAGCUGCCUCUGCCAUCAGCUAUGAAAAAAUAUUUGCUACUAGAACCUGAGGGGAUUCUGUACGGAUGAAGAAACUUUUUUAUAAUAUUUAGCUAUGCUCUUGCAAUGAUUUUAGUUUAAGAAGGUGGGACAUUAAGAUGAAGAAUGUAUGUAAAUCACAUUUUUUGUCUGCAACUGCAGCUAUAAUGACCAAUCAGGAAAUCAUCCUUCUCCAUUCAUUCUUUAAUCCAUCUACUAUAUACCACCUGUUUUAGCCGUUUCUGUAUCAGUUUUUGGUUUUUCUCCAUACUUAUUUUUCUGCACUGUUAACCAAUGUGACUUCAGGCCAAAAGUGCCGGAUCACGCUAAAGAGGAUCCAAAGCUACCUAGCAACCAGCCUGGCUUAAUACUCACUCUCCAACUCAUGAUAUUCCUAUUUUAGCCAGCAACACUCUUGACUGAUCACUUCACAACAAGUGCUGGUUUUUCCACUGGACUGCAUGCAGUCGUACCCAAGUUUAUUUUCUUCCCAGCUCCUUCACAACAAAAGGUAAUCUGUUAAAACCCACAUUGGAAGAUAUUUUUCAAAAAAACAAAGCACAACUUUUGCUGUUGCAUGAUCCUAAACAUUGGACUAAAUUAUUAGGUUAUUAGGUUUAGGGGACAAUUAUAUCUCUUAAUAGGAUAUGUUGGGUUGGAUAGCUUGUUUCAACUUAGGAAUGAAACCAUCACAAAACAUAAAGUGUGAGAAAAAAGCAAAAACAAUGAAAUCUGUAUGGGUGAAAAUAUGUUAUCCCAGCACUUUAAAUGGUUUUCACAACUUUUUAUGUAUAAAUAUCUGAACAAUGUGGAGAACAUUUGUAUUCAGCCCCCAUCACUAUUAUACCCCUAAAUAAAAUCGAGUAAAACCAA